UGUACACGGACAUUUUUAGAGGACGGAUCCGGAAGUAGUGUCGGUGUGCGCUGUGUUUCUAUGUUUUGAGUUCAGGUGGUGUAGGCCAAAAUGGCAUUUUCUAUUGGUAUCGAAGCACUCGUACAGUCCGUGAUAUUAGAGGACACAUUAUAUAAAGACGAAGGUCUCUGUGUACUCGGUAUAUUUGGUAAAAGCGCGAUGCAAAUGGGGGUCCUUAAAGAAUCCCUGAUAAACACGCUAGCAGACAAACACAUCUUCUCUCUGUUCGGAGGAGUCGAGGAGAAUAACUCGGAGAACGGAAGCCUCAUCCAGGCUGUCUACAGCCAGGAGAACCGGGUGUUGUAUCUGGUGCUCACUUCAGUCUACGACAACCGGCAACUCCUCCGUGCAUGCGAGACUCUCAGCAUGGAGCUCGGGCACUCCGACGCCCAGGACCUCUGGAAGGGCAUGGAUAAACAGCACUGUCUGCACCUCCUCUACCUGUUCUCCCUCUGCCAUGUCCUCAUCCUGGUCCAGCCCAACUGCGCCUUCGACGUCACUUAUGACCGGCUGUUCCGCGCCCUGGACGCUCUGCGGCAGAAGGUCCUCCCGCUGAUCCGGGCUGCUGUCAAAGACACCCAGGUCUCCAAGGAGUGGAAGCUCAACUGUCGCCCUUGCCCCCCUCGGCUGCUUUUUGUGUUUCAGAUUAACGGAGCGUUAAAAGUACCGACGGGAACUGAUUCGGCAGGAACCUCAGACAAGCCCAAAAAGCAUUCUCCGAGGAGGCGGCUCCAGCACGCCUUGGAGGACCAAAUUUAUCGCAUUUUCCGCAAAAGCCGUGUCCUCACUAAUCAGAGCAGCAACUGUUUGUUCAGCGUACCCGCCAACCAAGCGUUUGUGUACGUGGUCCCGGGGCCAGCUGAAGACCCGUUGGGUGCGUUGCUUGGACACCUGCGAUCCAGCUGCGCCUUGCGUGAACAAGAUUCAAACUCCUCAAUGACGGGACCCAGACGGUACCAACAGAUCCGUCGGUUGGCCAGACUGCCCCACACUAAUGUCGACUACAGCGGGGUAAGUGGGCAGCUGGUGGACUGCAGUUUGAAAGAUUUCCUUUGGCAGCACAUAGAUCUAGUAUUAACUAAAAAAGGUUUUGACGACAGUGUUGGACGCAACCCACAGCCUUCGCACUUUGAGCUCCCGACCUACGCCAAGUGGGUCCAGGUGGCGUGCAAACUGCACCAGGUUCUCAUACACAACACGGAGGAGGACAGCGCAGAAUUUGCUCUCAAAGUGCAAAGCCAGCUGAAAGUUUUGGAAGGCUUCCUCGAUGCGGAUGCAAAGUUUUCUGAGAACCGCUGCCAGAAAGCCCUGCCGCUGGCCCACAGCGCCUACCAGUCGAACCUGCCGCACAACUACACAACCACGGUCCACAAGAACCAACUGGCCCAGGCACUGCGCGUCUACAGCCAACACGCCCGAGGCGUCGCGUUCCAGCGCUACGCCCUGCAGCUCCACGAGGACUGCUACAAGUUCUGGAGCAACGGGCACCAGCUGUGUGAAGAGCGAAGUCUCACGGACCAACAUUGUGUUCACAAGUUCCACCUGCUGCCACAGCCAGGUGAGAAGCCCGACAUGGACCACAACCCCCCGGUCCUCCACCACAACAGCCGGGGGCGCUCCACCAACGCCUGCAACUGUGGCCGGAAGCAAGCGCCCCGCGAGGACCCGUUUGAUAUCCAGUCCGCCAACUAUGACUUCUUUCUGAUGGUGGAGGACAAGUGCUGCGCCAAGCUGGAGCGGGUGGACUUCCCCGUCUUUGAGCCCAGCACUCAGGACCCUGCGCCGGCCCCCGCCUCCGCCUGCGUGGAGGCGCCGUGCCCCGGGUCCGACGGCUCCGCGCCGCCCAGCCAGGGGGAGAAGCUGAAGGACCCACAGCCGGCCACGGCCGCCUCCGGCAGCGCGGCCCACAGCCACACCCCCGUAGACUGCACCGGCCUGAGCCUGGCGCUCAGCCUGGGGCAGUCCACGGACAGCAUGGGGCCGUACGGGGAGGCGGACGGGAGCGACGUCUCCGCCAAGAGGCCCAGCCUGGUGGACCGGCAGCCCUCCACCGUGGAGUACCUCCCGGGGAUGCUCCACACGGGCUGCCCCAAGGGGCUCCUCCCCAAGUUCUCCAGCUGGUCCCUGGUCAAGCUGGGGCCGGCCAAGUCGUACAACUGCCACACGGGCCUGGAGCAGCCGGGCUUCCUGCCCGGCUCCUCCUUCCUGCUGCCGUGGGACCUGGUGAUUCGCUCCCGGAGCUCCGAAGAGGACACCGGAUUGGCCGAGCCGCUGGACGGAGGCGGGUCGUCGUGGCCCGCCCCCAACAAGUCGCUGGUGGGGAAGCGCGGGUGCACGGGGGGCCCGGGGAGGGGCCGGCGACGGGACGACGUGGCCAGGGCCUUUGUUGGCUUUGAGUACGAGGACAGCAGGGGUCGCCGAUUUCUCAGCUCGGGGCCCGACAAGAUCGUGAAGGUACUGGGGCCCGGGGGCGCCAAGGAGCCGGCCAGCCGGGUCCUCAACACAGACAUGCCCCUCUACGUGCCCUCGCCGGCUCAGGGGCGGGGCCUCAAGCCUCAUUACGCCCAGCUGAUGCGCCUUUACAUCCUGGUUCCCGACGCUCCCCUAGAGAUCACUCUGAACCCACAGGUCCAGCCCGGUGCCCUCCCGUGUCCCGUCUUCCACCCCGAGAGGACGGAGCUGGUGCUGCCGGCGGACGGCCUGUGGGUGCUGCGCUUCCCCUACUCCUACCAGACGGAGCGGGGCCCCUGCUACCCGCCCAAGGAGAACCAGCCCCUCUCCGCCUACAAGGUGCUGCGAGGGAUCCUGCGUGCUGCCACCGUCAGCCCUCCUCCACCCCAGCUCCUCAACUGCUGAGGCGCGCCCCCCCCCCCCCCCCCCCCCCCCCAUUUUUUGCAUCUCAAAUCAUGCUGUUAAACAGGAUCAUGAACUACAAAACAGUCGGAAGGCCACUCUAUCCAAUUGUAUUAUGAACAACAAGAACAAGUUCAUCACUUGUGGACGUCCCCAAUUUUUCACAAUCAGCUGUGUGUAUGAGCAAAUAUAUAUUACAUCUUUGGUCCACAAUCCUGUUUUUAGAUGUUUCUACUUCAAGAAAGUGUUUUCUUUAGUAUUGAACGUUCUAUGGUAACUGCGCAAUUAUCGCGAUAGUGACGUGCAGGACCUCGACAACGUCAAACAUGUUGGCCACCAGGUGGGGAUAUUGUUAUUGAAAUGGUCAAAGUCAGAGGAGAAGAGAUUAAUAUCCAGAUUAGGGGUUUUGGUAACGACCAUCUGGCUCUGUUGCACCUAGAUCCUCAGCUACAGUAAUAUUUCUUUGUCUUCAACAAUACUGAUAUUCUUCUUGAAAUUAUAUUCCCAUGAUUAUAUCGAGCUAAAUUUAAUUAUUGCUAAAUAAGAAAUUUACGUUAACUAUUAAGAAAACAUUAAUUUACCGAUGUGGUCUUUCAAAUGAUGAAACCAUUCCAAAGGUUUCGAUCCCUUUCUUGAUUGACCGAAAAUAAAGUCAUUUUGCGUUAAAUUCCCGGGAACUGUGAUUGGUCCAUUUUCUCCAACUCUUUCUAAGAUUCAGGAACACAGGGAUGUUGCUAUGCCGUAUUCUGAUUGGCUACGAAUAACUGCCACUCAACAGCCUUGACGAUGAACCGUAACAACAUCAACUUGGUACUGUGUUGUGCAGAUUUUCCCAUUGACGUCUGCAGAUUCAUAUCGAUUCCUAAAGUUAACAGUUAAGAAUUAACGUGGCAAGCUGCAUGGAGGAUUUCAACAGCGGAACAAAGAGUAAUUUUGCAAGCAAGGCGAAACUGUUGGAACGUUUUGUCUUUCUUAAUAUAAGGUAAUUAUCUCGUGCCAAUCACCUUUUUUGUUGUUUUUCUAUUUCUAUCAGUAACACGACUAGCGUGGAUUAUUGAUCUCGUAGGGGAGCGUUAUACAACAAUGCUCGACACGGAGUGUCAUCCUCGAUGUGGGGAUGUCAGGGGGUCUGAUGAUUGGAGACCCAUGCUUGGAGGUGCAUCAUGGAGCUUCAGGCUCUUGGAGCUCUGAACCUCGUCUCACUGGAGAUGUUGUGACACCUCAAGCAGGCCUGUUGCAUGGCGAUGAGGCUGCUGAUGGGACAAAAGUAUGAUGAAAGUCGUAAUGAAGAUCAAAUUCAUGUUUUUAUUUGCACGGCAGUAGGUCUAAUGAUACUGAUAAUGAUGAUUACACAAAUAAAUUUAGCCUACUUUUUUCAAUGUACAUAGCCUAUUAAUGCAGAAAUUGACAUAAGUGGUACAGAUAUGAUGGUGUUAUUAAGUGCAGGUACUGUGUUUUGCCAAUACCACAAAUGCAAACAUCCAUUCCUGGAUAUAGCCCUGAAGGUUGUACCAGGCUUUAGGUAGUGGUUUAAAACAUAACAACCCCCACACUACCUUACCGCAGUUUGUAAAUAAAGUCAAUUCCUAGCUGCAGUAUUGGAAAUGCUGAGGAUUUCCAAUCCACUGUUGUGAAAAUAUGUGACCUGUUUAUUGUGUUUUCUAUGAGCAUAUAAAGGGUUAUUGUUUUUUUCAAAGAGUCAGAGGAAAACACUAACCAUUCCCACCUGCCAGUCUAUGCUGACUGAGUGCUUCGGAAUGAUUAUCGGCGGAUUGGGAUUCAUGAAACCCAGACAGUCCGCUUGUUUGCAGCUUGCUCGUCAAGAUUCUGUGAUGGCAUCCAUCUGUAUAGUUGAAACAGUCUUUUUGAGGCAAAAAGUAAACAUCAUGGAACACCCUUAAUCCAUACUUAAUUUCCAAAUGUUGUGAACAAAACCGGGGAAGAACAGAACCAACAAGUUCAACACAUUUCUAAGCAUGUUUUUUGUUUUUACAGCCUUUAUAAUAUUUUAUGGAAACAAUAAUCUCCAAUGUUGCCCACAUGGUAAGCAUUAUGGACCCCAUAAUACAAUCUGCCAGUGUCCGCAUGGCGAUUUAUGUUUGCAAUCCCAGUUCAAACCCAAUGGAAACAAUGAUGAACUGUUAUUUGUAUUUAUCUUGCUUCUUUCACAUCAGCAUUUAAAAGCAAGUUGGCCUG